GGCUGCCUGUCAGUGCCAUAGCAACCAGAGCAGACCUCAACCAUCAACAUGGCCAAAGCAACGACUGUGAGAGAGGCACUGGCCAAAUGGGAGGAGAAGUCAGGGGAGAAAGUGAGCGAGACUAAAGCCCUAAAACUGUAUGGUCAGGUUCCUCCUAUAGAGAAGAUGGAUGCCUCUCUCUCCACACUCACCAACUGCGAGAAGCUCUCUCUGUCCACAAACUGCAUUGAAAAAAUAACCAAUCUCAAUGGCCUGAAGAACUUGAGGAUAUUGUCAUUAGGAAGAAAUAAUAUAAAGGCUCUCACUGGGCUGGAGGCAGUAGGGGAGACAUUAGAAGAGUUGUGGAUCUCCUAUAACUUGAUAGAGAAACUGAAGGGAAUUCAAUCCAUGAAGAACCUCAGAGUCCUCUACAUGUCCAACAACCUGGUCAAAGAAUGGGGAGAGUUUGUGAGGCUAGCUGAUCUGCCAUGCCUCGCAGACCUGGUGUUUGUUGGAAAUCCUCUGGAGGAGAAGCAUUCAACUGAGGGGACCUGGAUGGAUGAAGCCUCUAAAAGACUACCUAAUUUGAAGAAACUAGAUGGAACCCCAGUCAUCAAACAAGAAGAGGAUGAAGGAGAUGGGGAGAGCUAAGAAGCAUGACUAUGUGCAAAUCUACAUCCCCCUUACCAAGGAGUCUUCCCUUUUUUAAGUUUUGUAUGGUUUGUUAUGGUGCUUUCCUUUAUACAGAAUGAUUUUUACAACAGACUUUGUUGUAAAGUGAUAAGCACAAGAUGACCAAUAAAUACACAGUUUCUCAAACUUCAGGCCUUAUGGGCUCAGGACCAGAAAGAGGUUUUGAUGAGACCUUAUAAGUGGAUUUUUUAUUUUACUAGCUAAAUAGGAAGGAUAUUGACACUCACACUGAUGUUCUUGUUAACGGAGUACUACAGUACUAUUUGUGGGCCAAAAACCCUUUUUAAAAUUCCAAUGUGUUUUUUAGUAUCCUUGAUUUUAUAUACCUCUCUAUGUUCCUCUACCAAGAACUAAAGCACUAUGUAGCGCGCGCACACACACACACACACACACACAGUGAGCGGAGACAGCGGAGACAUUCUUGUGGACCAGAUGUUCAUUAGGUAAUAAUAUUAGCACCAUAAUGCUGGAACUUCUCUAGCGUAAUAGGAGUUAGCUGUAACUACCUAAAACUAUCCUCCCUCCAUAUUAUCACCAUGGAGAGGUGGCCAAAUAAAGUUAAAUAUUAGCUCUAGUAUGCUGCAUUUACAUCAAAUUGGACUAAUCAGUUAAACAAUUGGUGGUUAAAAAGUGACUUGGAGUGAUACAUUUUACUGUCAACCACAAAUGUAAAAUAUAGCAACUAGUUGCAUCUUUCCGUGGUACUGAAACGGCACACUGUUUUUCAUAUAAACAUUCAGGAAUAUGCUGAAAUCAGGGUCUAUUACCAAACUCUGACUUCUCAGAUAGUAAGCAGCAGUAUAGCAUUAAAAUAGGAGGUUAUGUAAAUAUUUACUAUCCUUCUCAUGGGAUAUGAAGGGACCAUCUCCAGCUACAUCUCAACAGCCUUUGGGCAGGACUGUGGAGCCAACAUAGCUGAGAGUGAAAACUUGCAUGACCAAAACACAUCCACAGCUCUGUUUGGCACUAUGUUUAAGGUCCUGUAGUAUAUGUCUAAACCUUUUGAAGGGCAGAAACUAGUUACUGUAUUUUACUGUCAGUUUUAGGUCAUUUUGGAUCCAUAGAUUCCAAAUAGUUCCUGUAGUAGUAAUAGUACCUCAUUAUUAACAAUACUGUCUGUGUAAAAAUUAUUUUCAUGUUUUAAAUUAUUUAGGCAUGUUUGUACAUACAAUUGUUGGUGUUUAAGUUUUUUAAUGAUUUUGCUUUAUGAAAUAAAUACUAUGGAAGUAUA